AUGGCUUCACAAGAAGUUCCCAAGACAUGCAGGGUCAUCCUCGCCGACACAAUAGCCAAAAAGCUACUGGCUGAGGUCAAGGAAACUCUGGCUAGCUUCCAGGGCACUGCUGCCAGCAAGCCCACCUUGGCAGCUUUCCUAGCCAACGACGACCCCUCCGCCCAGCAGUACGCCGACUGGUCAAAGAAGACAUGCGAGGAAAACGGUUUUAACUUCGACCUCCGCAAGGUCGAUAAGGAAGCCCUUGAAGAGGCGGUGGUAGCCGCCAACAAUGACGAUGCUGUCGACGGUAUGCUGGUAUACUACCCCAUCUGGCGCAGCAACCAGCAGCAAGACCGCUAUAUUCAGGAGACGGUCGCCCUGUCCAAGGACGUCGAGGGCUUGUGCCACACCCACCUCUUCAACAUGUACCACAACACGCGCUUCCUCGACCCGCCCACCAACCAGAAGAAGUCGAUCCUACCGUGCACCCCGUUGGCCAUCGUGAAGACCCUCGAGCACCUGCAGAUCUACAACCCAAUCCUAGCCUACGGCAACCGCCUCUUCGGCAAGACCGUCACCGUCAUCAACCGCAGCGAGGUCAACGGCCGCCCCCUGGCCGCCCUGCUGGCCAACGACGGCGCCACCGUCUACAGCGUCGACAUCACCGGCGUGCAGGUCUUCACUCGCGGCAGCGGCAUCCGCGCGCCGCGCCACCAGGUCCACGACAAGGAGGGAUGGACCCUCGAGAACGUGCUGCCCCUGAGCGACGUCGUUAUUUCCGGCGUGCCGAGCGAGGCCUUCAAGGUGCCCACCGAGCUGAUCCGCGACGGCGCCGUGUGCAUCAACUUCUCGAGCUACCGCAACUUUGACGGUCCGGCCGUCAAGGAGAAGGCGAGCAUCUACGUGCCAAGCACCGGCAAGGUGACCAUUGCCGUUCUGCUGCGGAAUCUUAUGCGCCUGGUCGCCAACCGGCACGAAGCUGGGGCCCCGUCUGACGUCCCCGAGUAA